CGCCCCGGCGCUGAGCAGGGCGGGAGAGCAAGAUGGAGGCGUGCGUUUGAACGCCGCGCACGCCUGCCUGCACUCUGCGGCCGCGUAUUCCUCAGGAGGGCGGGGACGACCGGGCAUGAGAAGCCGUGGCAGCCGAGGAGUCACCCUACCUGACCCCGCCGCUGCCCUCGGGCCUCCUCGGCCCCUGAGCCCCCGGGCAGCAGCCGGGGCUCGCCGCGCCUGACACGUCCGGAGUUAACGCAGAAAUAAUGUGGAUACUGGGAACCCAUGUCGAACUUCUAUGAAGAAAAGGCAACGAUGAUUGCAGCCGGGGAUUUGCAGGAAUUUGUCCCUUUUGGUCGCGACCACUGCAAGCAGCACCCUAACGCGUUGACCCUUCAGCUUCGCCAACUGCAGCCAGCCUCGGAAUUGUGGUCGUCUGACGGUGCUGCUGGCUUGGUGGGAUCCCUUCAGGAGGUCACAAUACACGAGAAGCAAAAGGAAAACUGGCAGUUAAGGAAAGGUGUCAGUGACAUUGGAGACGAAGUGGACUACGAUGAGGAGCUUUACGUGGCUGGAAAUAUGGUGAUCUGGAGCAAAGGCAGUAAGAGCCAGGCUCUGGCAGUUUAUAAAGCAUUUACAGUUGACAGUCCUGUUCAGCAGGCGUUGUGGUGUGACUUCAUCAUAUCACAGGAUAAGUCUGAAAAGACCUACAAUCGCUUUGAAAUUGAAAAAUGCAUAUGUAUAUUGCAAAGCUCCUGCAUUAACAUGCACAGCAUAGAAGGAAAGGAUUACAUAGCUUCCUUACCAUUCCAGGUUGCAAAUGUUUGGCCCACUAAGUAUGGUUUGUUGUUUGAACGAAGCAGUUCACACGAGACACCUCCUGGUCCACCAAGGGAACCUUUACCUACUAUGUUCAGCAUGCUGCACCCACUAGAUGAAAUAACCCCACUUGUUUGUAAAUCUGGAGGUCUUUUUGGUUCAUCAAGGGUCCACUAUGUUGUAGACCCAGCAAUGAAGAUUGUUUUCCUUAACAUUGACCCCUCCAUUGUAAUGACGUAUGACUCUGUUCAGAAUGUGCAUUCUGUGUGGACUUUGCGAAGAGUCAGACCAGAGGAAGAGAAUGUUGUUUUAAAGUUUUCCGAGCAAGGGGGAACCCCGCAGAAUGCGGCCACUAGCAGCUCCCUCACGGCACAUCUCAGAAGCCUCUCCAAAGGCGAGUCGCCCGUGGCCUCCCCGUUCCAGAACUACUCCUCCAUUCACAGCCAGAGCCGCUCCACCUCGUCGCCCAGUCUGCACUCUCGCUCCCCUUCUAUCUCCAACAUGGCAGCUCUCAGCCGUGCUCACUCUCCUGCCUUAGGAGUGCAUUCUUUCUCAGGAGUGCAAAGGUUCAACAUUUCAAGCCAUAAUCAGUCUCCGAAGAGACACAGCAUUUCCCAUUCUCCAAGCAGCAACUCUAAUGGUUCCUUCCUGGCCCCGGAAACGGAGCCAAUCGUUCCUGAGCUGUGUAUUGAUCAUCUGUGGACAGAACCGAUGACUAACAUAAGGGAGAAAAAUUCACAAGCGUCAAAAGUGUUUAUUACGUCUGACCUGUGUGGACAGAAGUUCUUGUGUUUUUUGGUAGAGCCUCUGCUCCAGCUGCGAUGUGUCAAGUUCCAAGAGAGUAAUGAUAAAACCCAGCUCAUCUUUGGCUCUGUCACCAGCAUCCAUGCGAAAGACGCAGCACCUGUGGAGAAGAUAGACACCAUGCUGGUCCUGGAAGGCAGUGGAAACUUGGUGCUAUAUACUGGAGUGGUGCGGGUGGGAAAGGUUUUUAUUCCUGGACUGCCAGCUCCUUCCCUGACAAUGUCCAACACGAUGCCUCGGCCCAGCACUCCUCUGGAUGGUGUCAGUACUCCUAAACCUCUUAGUAAACUACUUGGAUCAAUGGAUGAGGUUGUUCUGUUGUCCCCAGUUCCAGAACUCAGGGAUUCUGCCAAACUCCAUGAUUCUCUCUGUACUGAGGACUGCACUUUCCAGCAGCUUGGCACUUAUAUCCAUUCUGUCAGGGAUCCUGUCCAUAACAGAGUUACUCUAGAACUAAGUAACGGCUCCAUGGUCAGGAUCACUAUUCCUGAGAUUGCCACCUCUGAAUUAGUACAAACAUGUCUGGGAGCAAUUAAGUUUAUCCUGCCGAAAGAGGUGGCAGUCCAGAUGCUUGUGAAGUGGUACAAUGUUCACAGUGCUCCCGGAGGGCCUGGUUAUCACUCAGAGUGGAAUUUGUUUGUGACUUGUCUCAUGAACAUGAUGGGCUAUAACACAGACCGCUUAACAUGGACCCGAAAUUUUGAUUUUGAAGGAUCGCUUUCUCCAGUCAUUGCGCCCAAAAAAGCAAGGCCUUCAGAUACUGGAUCUGAUGAUGACUGGGAAUACCUGGUAAAUUCUGAGUACCACCAUAAUGCUGAGUGUCACCUGCUGAGCCAGUCUCUCUGUUUGGGUCCUCUGAGAGGCUCUCAGACGCAGGACGAGGACUCGUCACAAAGUCUCUGUCUGGAUUCUUCUACACUUCUCUUCAGUCAUAUACCUGCAAUUUUUUUUGUUCUUCACCUUGUCUAUGAGGAGCUUAAAUUGAACACUCUAAUGGGAGAAGGAAUGUGCUCCCUGGUUGACCUUCUUGUUCAGUUGGCCAGAGACCUGAAGUUGGAACCUUAUGUAGAUCAUUACUACAGAGACUAUCCUACGCUCGUCAGAAUGACUGGGCCGGUGUUCACCAUUGAUCCAGGCAAGCCUGGGUUUAUGCAUCAGCCGUCGUUUUUCACCUCUGAGCCACCUAGUAUUUAUCAGUGGGUGAGUUCCUGUCUGAAGAGUGAAGGAAUGCUGCCCUACCCUUACCUUCCUGGAAUCUGUGAAAGAAGCAAGCUCGUGGUCUUGAGUAUUGCACUCUACAUACUUGGUGAUGAGAGCUCAGUUUUGAAUGACGCCUCACAAUAUUUAUCCAGAAUAACUGUAGCCCCCCAGAAACCACAGGCAGAACAAGAGGAAAACAGGUUCGAUUUCAAGCCUUCCACAUCAGUUUCUAGUCUAGCAGAAAAAUUAGUUGUCUGGAUGACUAAUGUAGGAUUCACUUUAAGAGAUUUGGAAACACUUCCAUUUGGAGUUGCUCUUCCUAUCAGAGAUGCAAUUUAUCACUGUCGUGAGCAGCCCGCUUCGGAUUGGCCAGAACCUGUCUGUCUCUUAAUUGGACGUCAGGAUCUUUCCAAGCAAGCUGUCGAAGGAAACUUACCCAGAGGGAAAUCUUCUGUCACUCAGGUGCUCUCAUCAGAUGUGUCUUCAGGAACUGAGGCUGAGGAGGAAGAUGAUGGCAUGAAUGACCUGAAUCACGAGGUCAUGUCGCUAAUCUGGAGUGAAGAUCUGAGGGUGCAGGAUGUGCGGAGGCUUCUGCAGAGUGCACAUCCUGUUCGUGUCAACGUAGUGCAGUACCCAGAGCUCAGUGACCACGAGUUCAUUGAAGAAAAAGAGAACAGGUUGCUCCAGUUGUGUCAGCGAACCAUGGCCCUUCCAGUAGGACGUGGGAUGUUUACCUUGUUUUCAUACCAUCCUGUUCCAACAGAACCACUGCCUAUUCCUAAAUUGAAUCUCACCGGGCGUGCCCCUCCUCGGAAUACGACAGUGGACCUUAAUAGUGGAAACAUUGAUGUGCCUCCCAACAUGACAAGCUGGGCCAGCUUCCAUAAUGGUGUGGCUGCUGGCCUGAAGAUAGCCCCUGCCUCCCAGAUCGACUCAGCUUGGAUUGUUUACAAUAAGCCCAAGCAUGCCGAGCUAGCCAAUGAAUAUGCAGGCUUUCUCAUGGCCCUGGGUCUGAACGGGCACCUUACCAAGCUGGCUACUCUCAAUAUCCAUGACUACUUGACCAAGGGCCAUGAAAUGACAAGCAUUGGACUGCUACUUGGUGUUUCUGCUGCGAAACUAGGCACCAUGGACAUGUCCAUUACUCGGCUUCUUAGCAUUCACAUUCCUGCUCUCUUACCCCCAACGUCCACAGAACUUGAUGUUCCUCACAAUGUCCAGGUGGCUGCAGUAGUUGGCAUUGGCCUUGUGUAUCAAGGGACGGCUCACAGACAUACAGCAGAAGUCUUACUGGCUGAAAUAGGACGGCCUCCUGGCCCUGAGAUGGAAUACUGCACUGACAGGGAGUCCUACUCCUUAGCUGCUGGCCUGGCCCUGGGCAUGGUGUGCUUGGGGCACGGAAGUAACCUGAUAGGUAUGUCUGACCUCAAUGUGCCUGAGCAGCUUUACCAGUACAUGGUCGGAGGGCACAGGCGCUUCCAGACAGGGAUGCACAGGGAGAAACAUAAAUCUCCAAGUUACCAGAUCAAAGAAGGAGACACCAUAAAUGUGGAUGUGACUUGUCCAGGCGCUACUCUAGCUUUGGCUAUGAUCUAUUUAAAAACCAAUAACAGGUCCAUUGCAGAUUGGCUCCGGGCUCCGGAUACCAUGUAUUUGCUGGACUUUGUGAAACCAGAGUUUCUGUUGCUUAGAACACUUGCUCGAUGCCUGAUUUUGUGGGAUGAUAUUUUACCAAAUUCCAAGUGGGUUGACAGCAACGUUCCUCAGAUUAUAAGAGAAAAUAGCAUCUCUCUCAGUGAAAUUGAAUUACCCUGCUCAGAGGACUUGAAUUUGGAAACUUUGUCGCAGGCACACGUCUACAUCAUUGCAGGGGCCUGCCUGGCUCUGGGCUUCCGGUUUGCCGGCUCAGAAAACCUAUCAGCAUUUAACUGCUUGCAUAAAUUUGCGAAAGAUUUCAUGACCUAUUUGUCCGCACCCAAUGCUUCUGUAACAGGUCCUUACAACCUGGAAACGUGCCUGAGUGUGGUGCUGCUGUCUCUUGCCAUGGUGAUGGCUGGCUCUGGGAACCUGAAGGUGUUACAGCUCUGUCGCUUUCUGCACAUGAAAACAGGCGGUGAGAUGAACUAUGGCUUUCACCUCGCCCACCACAUGGCCCUGGGCCUUCUGUUUUUGGGAGGAGGAAGGUAUUCUCUGAGCACCUCCAACUCCUCCAUCGCCGCUCUUCUCUGUGCUCUUUACCCGCACUUCCCGGCUCACAGCACCGACAACCGGUACCAUCUCCAGGCUUUGCGGCAUCUCUAUGUGCUAGCUGCAGAACCCAGGCUUCUGGUGCCCGUGGAUGUGGACACAAACACGCCCUGCUAUGCCCUCAUAGAGGUGACCUACAAGGGCACUCAGUGGUAUGAACAAACCAAAGAAGAAUUGAUGGCUCCUACGCUUCUUCCAGAACUCCACCUUUUAAAACAAAUUAAAGUUAAAGGCCCAAGAUACUGGGAGCUGCUUAUAGAUUUGAGCAAAGGAACACAACACUUGAAGUCCAUCCUUUCUAAGGAUGGGGUUUUAUAUGUUAAGCUCAGAGCAGGUCAGCUCUCCUACAAAGAAGAUCCAAUGGGGUGGCAAAGUUUGUUGGCCCAGACUGUUGCCAACAGGAACUCUGAAGCUCGGGCUUUCAAGCCAGAAACAAUUUCAUCAUUUACGUCUGAUCCAGCUCUUCUGUCAUUUGCUGAAUAUUUCUGCAAACCAACUGUGAAUAUGGGUCAGAAACAGGAGAUUCUGGAUCUCUUCUCUUCAGUGCUGUACGAGUGUGUGGCUCAGGAGACGCCAGAGAUGUUGCCUGCAUACAUAGCGAUGGAUCAGGCUGUAAGAAGACUUGGAAAAAGAGAAAUAGCUGAUACCUCCGAGCUAUGGCAGAUUAAGUUGGUGUUAGAGUUCUUCAGCUCACGUAGCCAUCAGGAGCGGCUACAGAACCACCCCAAGCGCGGGCUUUUCAUGAACUCUGAGUUCCUGCCCGUGGUGAAGUGCACAAUUGACAACAGCCUGGACCAGUGGCUGCAAGCCGGGGGUGACAUGUGUGUGCACGCAUACCUCAGUGGGCAGCCCUUUGAGGAAUCUCAGCUGACCAUGCUGGCCUGCUUCCUUGUCUACCACUCGGUGCCUGCUCCGCGCCACCUGUCAUCGGUGGCACUAGAAGGGAGCACAAGCUUUGCUGAACUGCUCUUCAAAUUCCAGCAGCUGAAAAUGCCCGUGCGUGCUUUGCUGCGACUCGCUCCUUUGCUCCUUGGGAGUCCACAGCCGAUGGUUAUGUGACCGUCCUGGCGGCAGACCCACCCCGCGAUGAGGCGACAGCGCAGCAACAAGACCCAACCUCAGAGCUAAUGAGACCUUUAUUAAUUGUAUAACAUAACUAGAGGGAGAUGAGCUACACAAGCCUCAAUGUGUUUUAUAAAUCUGUGUGCUUUAAAUAUUCCAAGGAAUCUGUUGCUGUCCACAUUAACAUUAUAUGACAUAAAAGUGAGUUAAAAUUACUUUUGUAAAUAAAUUUUUUUGGUUUGUUUU